AUGAAGAAGGCGGCUGCAGAAGACAUCAAUGUUACCUUUGAAGACCAACAGAAGAUAAAAAAAUUUGCACUGAAUGUGAAUAGAAUCUCAGAGCUAAAGGAGGAGAGAGGUGUAAAAAAGAAACCGCUGCAGAAUUUAGAAGACAUUUGCGAUGACAUCAUGUUAGCGGAUGAUGACUGCCUAAUGAUACCCUACCAAGAGGGUGAUGUUUUCAUUAGCCAUUCUCAAGAGGAGACACAAGAAAUGUUAGAAGAAGCAAAGAAAAAUUUGCAAGAAGAAAUCGAUGCCUUAGAAUCCAGAGUGGAAUCCAUCCAGCAGGUGCUAGCAGAUUUGAAAGUUCAGUUAUAUGCAAAAUUCUGGAGCAACAUAAAUCUGGAAUCGGAUGAAAGUUAG